AUGUCAAAACGACCAGAAGAAGCCUUCAUCGGCGACGGUGAGCUCCCGCCGCCCUACUCGCCAGAGCCCAGCUCCUCGUCGAUCCAUCCCGACUCGCUCUUCGCCGCGCACCUCACCUCGCUGCGCGGCCAGAUUCGCGCGCAGCAGGCCUCGCGGGCCUCGCGACAAGACCAGCACGACUCGCAGCUCCUUGCGCUUCUGGUGCCGCACGUCGAGGCGCUGCUCGCGUCUGUCGCCGCGCUCGACGAGCAACUCGUGCAGGCGACGCUCGUUCCCGAGGGAGCCAUCGCGGCGGACUGGACGCCUGCAGAGGCGGAGGAUGCGCAGAGCGUGGUCAGGGUGCGGACGCGAGUAGCACCGACAAAGAAUAUGAUGCCGACGGACAGCAAGCAGCCUGCAGCAAACGACGGGGGACGACGGGGGGUAAGCGGCCGCGCGGAGCAGCAACAAGAGUUUGAUGGCUGGGGACGCUGGGGAGAGGAUGCAGCUAGAGGAGGCAAGGAUAAGGAGGAGGAUGAAGAGGAGCAGGACAAACUGUGGUGGAAGGACGAAGACAUGGCCAAGAGACUGGCAAAAUGCCUGCAGCCGAAGCGCAAGGUGGUGGUCGUGGACAGGCCAACAGUCGCAGCCAAGGUGGCAGAGGCGAGAAAGAGCAAGUCAAAGUGGAACUUGUUUGGCGGUGGGAGGAAAAGCAACAGCGAGGGAAAUGGCUCGCCGGUACCGGCGGUGGCCUCUCGGCCGGAUGCUGCUGUGGAAGUGGCUGACGACGUGUCGAUGCAUGUCACGGCGGAGGAGGUUACGUUUCGGCGGGAGAAUGAGAUGGGCAUCUGGGAGAGCAGCACGGGCUGGGGCGUGGUAGUUCGAGUCAGAGUACGGACAUGA